ACAACAUUACACACUAACUAAAGUUUGAAACAUGGGAUCACGGAGAACGGGACCUUUAAUAAUCAAGGUACUGAUAUCAUCACUGUACCACACUUUGUUAUUUUGAGAUUUUGGGGGGAGGAAAAUACUUGGUGUAUUUGUGACUUAAGGUUGCUACUAAUUAUUAUCACAAGAGUAUAUACUUUAAUUUAAAUAUUUCAGUAGUUUUAUUUUGGUGCCCGAGACCCUGAACUGGUAUGCAGUUUAUGUCUGGCACAGAUAUUUUACUGUAGAUGAAGUUGACUGGAAAGUAAGCAGAAACAAGAUUGUAAAAUCAUACCUGGUCAAGGGUUAUCCAGGGUACUCAUGGUAUUCUUGAAUUGGGCACUCUUAGGAGUCACACUUAAUUGUGUCUUGACUUUGCCAGAAAGUUAUUUAGCCACCUAAUGUGAGACCGUGGCGGUGGAAACCUUUAUGACAUAGCCAUGCUUACCACCGUCUCAUUGAAGCAUUUAAUGCUGAGGAGCCUACAAGCUUGACACAGCCUCGCUAGAAUGCAGCUAUUUAAGGAGCACCGAAUAAAUCAUCUCUAAUCCUGAAAAAAAAAAAAAAGUAAUCUAUAUAACUUAAUGUUAGAAAUGAAAGACAUUCUUUUAGGCUAUGAUCACCCCCGUCCCACACACCUUGUUUCUAUCUCACUCAGAGUGUAAGUAAAUAAAAGGUUUUACAUUCUCUUCCGUGUUGAGAAAGUAACAGAUAAACUUUGAAAGGCUUCCAAUGAAGAUCAGAUAAGAAACACAACUCAUGUACCAUUUUCUGAAUCACAGGGAUUUAUUAUUUGAGAGAAUGCUCAUUGUGUGCAUGUUGUCAUUUUUGGCAGUCGUUAACGCAGGUGUAUCCACAGGUUCUCACUCACUGAUGGCUUUGGCAACAUAUAUAGUUGGACAGACACCAUUUCCUGAGUUUACUGUUGUGCUGAUGUUGGAUGAUCUGCAAAUAGCAUAUUAUGACUCAACCACAUGGAAAGUUGUCUAUCGCUCUCACAGCGAUUCACAGUACUAUGAUGAAGAGCAAAGUGAUGGUGGUGUUAUAUUUCAAUAUAUAUAUAACAACCUGAAACGUCAAGCAGUUUAUCUUAAGGAACAAUUAAAUGACACGGAUCACUCAGGUGUACAUGUUCAUCAGAGACUUGUUGGGUGUGAAUUACUGAACAAUGAUAAACCAGGUCUACUGAAGUCAUGGGAUGCUUUUGAUCAAAUAAAUACAGAGGAAUUUGCCUUUAAUGCAGAAAAAAAUGAAAUGCAAGCGAAAAUGCCAUGGAUGCCAUGGAGCCAACAAGAAUGGCAUAAUAAAAAGUUUCUGCAUGAAUACAUUUAUCAACCUAUUUGCAUUAAAACACUACGGAGGUUCCUGAAUAUGGAAAAGAACAAGGUGAUGAGAAAAGUGAAACCCAGAGUCAGACUCAUAAGGAAGACACUCACAGACUCUCAAGGUCUUCAGAUCAGCUGUCUGGCCACUGGUUUUUACCCCCGUCACAUUAACCUGACUCUGUUCAGAGAUGAUCAGCCUGUGGAUGAUGAUCAGAUCACAGGAGGAGAGAUUCUUCCCAACGGAGACGGAACUUACCAGAUGAGGAAGAGUUUGGUGAUCAGUGUAGAAGAACAACGUGAAAAACACAAAUACAACUGUACAAUGAAACACCUCAAUCUGGACAACAAACUGGACAUUACAUUUGAUGUGGCUGAAUCUGACUCAGGAUCCAUCAGUCUGUCUGUAGUUAUCAGUGUGCUGGUGUUAAUGUGUGUGGCUGUUCUCAUCAUACUCAUCAAAUGGAGGAAGAAGACACAUUCUGCUGGACGAGGCUCUGAGACGUCAAAGAGUGAUUACUCCCUUACUCCAUCUUCCACGCAAGAUGAAACAUGAAAAUGGUUCUCAAGGCCCCGUUGUCAAUAUCAAAGAUCCUUCCUCUGUUCUGAUGAAAUGACAAAGCUGCUUAUUUUCAGCUUUGAACUUUUUAUUAAAUUAUGUUUAGUGAUCUUGCAGCCCAUUUUGGUAGUUUGCUGAGGCCCUCUAGUGGUUUCACAAAAUCAACAAAGGUGGCAGCACUAGACUUUAGGUGUAGCAGAAAACAUACUGUAAACUUAUACAGACUGUAAACUCAGAAUUUCUUGUGACAGUGUAGAAAGAUUCAGAAAGGAGACACUCAUCACUCAGACUUUAUACAUUAAUAAAAUUAGACAUUCAUAUAAUUAUCUGCUUGAUAAAUACUUUUGUAAACAGAUACAGUCAGUUCUUUUUUGUAUGGUGAAUAUGUCAUUCUCUUGAACUGUUUUAACUUUUU